UCCUCCAGCACGCUCAACACAUCGUCGCUUGCCAUCGUUGCCCUCACAUGUGUGACCGUGUGUGUCGCAGAUAAACAGGCUCUCCGAGAAACUCUUCCGCUGCUGUGUUUUAGUUCCGAGAUACAAACAUGGCGUCCGCCAUGCUGAAGGUUGCAGUGGCUGGUCUUUCCAGAUGUUCCCGUCUCACACUCAUGAGAGCACAUUCAACCACAGCACCCCUCCACCAGGGUGUCCCCGGAUCUGUUUGGAAGCUUGGGAGGCUGAACCACAUUGCCAUUGCUGUACCUGACAUGGAGAAGGCCACGGCUCUGUAUCGGGACGUGCUGGGGGCCACGGUGAGCGACAAGGUGCCCCUGCCCGAGCACGGUGUCUACACGGUGUUUGUGGAGCUCGGCAACACCAAGCUGGAGCUGCUCCAUCCUCUGGGCGAGAAGAGCCCGAUCUCUGGCUUCCUACAGAAGAACAAGUCUGGAGGGAUGCAUCACAUUUGUAUUGAGGUGGACGACAUAAACGCCGCAAUAGUCGACCUGAAAGCGAAGAACAUCAGAACUCUGUCAGCAGAGCCCCGGAUAGGUGCUCAUGGGAAACCAGUGAUGUUUCUCCAUCCUAAAGAUUGUGACGGUGUGCUGGUGGAGCUGGAGGAGGCAUGAACGUCUCAGUCUGACUAACGUGGAUUGUGGGAGCUGUUAAUUCACAGCUAUGACGUGUAUUCCAAUUUUCAAAUCUCCAUAACAUUUUGUACAGUGGGUCUCUACUGCUCUUAGGUUUUGAUCUUCUCAUUUCAGAAAGGUGCCUCAGAGUUUGGUUUCAGUGCUGUUUUUGACUUUGCUGUUUUGUUGGGAAUAAAUCAAAAAGCGGUAUUUGCUUUGACUUUUUCCGUGUCAUGUAAAGAAUAAUGAAUGUCCAUCCACAUGAGUCCAUAGUUCAAACUUGAUUUAAGCUCAUUUAAAAGAAACAUUUUGAGUGUUCAGAAUGCAGUUCAAGCUGAUGAGUUCAUGUCAUGUAUAAAAUGGUACUAUUGUGUUUGAUGUCAUUUUAAUACAGAAUUUGUGGGUUUUAAAAAAAAAGUGACUGA